AAGUCCCACCACCGUCAAUGAAUAAAAUAAUAAAAAAAACAAAGUUAUAAUUAAUGCUCAUACCCCAUUACAUAUUCACCUCUUCUUCAAAAUUCAGCAGUAUUAAUUUGAAGGAUGAGUUGUCCUAUUGUGAAUGAGAGAUUUUGUUUCAAAGAAGAAAUGAAUCUGACUAUUCAUAAGAGUUCAUUAUUCUAUCCUGGUGAUGGUUUCAUUGCUUAUAAUCCGGGUGGUGAAAUUGUUUUUCGGGUGGAAUCGUAUUGCCCCGCUUCAAGAAGCAAGGAUGAACUCAUUCUCAUGGAUUCUACUGGUGCUUCUCUUGUCACCCUCCAACGCAAGAAGCCAAGCCUUCAUCAAAGGUGGGAAGGAUUUCUUGGAGAGAAAAACGAAGGGCAAGAACCAAUCUUCACCAUUCACAAGUCAUCAAUAAUAGGAAGAUAUGACAUAGUAGCACAAGUCCACAAUACUGAUCCAAUUCAAGAAUUCAAAAUUGAAGGCUCAUACGUGCAAAGGAGCUGCAAAAUCUUGUACAAUAAUAAUCCUAGAAUUACAGAGAGCGGUAGUGAAGAAGAAGAAACUAAAGUGGUUGUAGCUGAGAUCGAAAGGAAAAUGGACUCUGACGCAAAGGUUGUAUUGGGCAAGGAUGUUUUCUUGUUGUGUCUUAAGGCUGGCAUUGAUGGGGCAUUCAUCAUGGCUUUAGUGCUUGUCCUUGAUCAAAUGGAAGGGCAUGACUAUAAAGAGAGUGGUGAUAUGGUUAAUUUCACUUUUGGACAUUGAGCAUUACUUAUUAAUUCAUAAUAUGAAAUUUAUGAGCUCUACAGUGAGCUAAGUUUGGAUUCAUAAUCAAAUAUUUGCGGAUAUUUAGUAAAUGUUUUAAUACAUAUUA